CGUCAUUGUUGCAACUUUUAUUUGGGUCCCGCUUUGUGCAGCGGUAACUCUUAUUAGCUCCAUUGGCUACAUGUGCCGCAAAUAAUUGUUUUUAUUUUAAUUUUGCACAUUUUCCAGUUGAAACCUGAACAUUAGUUUGUUUUUUUUGUUCAUUUUUCUUAAAAUAUUGCUAGAAAACCUUUCUACUUCUGCCGUCUGUCAUGGCGAGCCGCGUCUCCAUUCACUCCCAGCUCUCCUCCAUCAUGGAGACGAUGGCCAAGUCUGCGUUUAGCCAGGUCUGCAAGCUGGUGGACCAGGACUCAGCCGAGCUGCGGUCGGAGCUGUCCCGGCUUCUAUUUGCCAAUUCAGCCCUGACAGAGAAAGUGAACAGUCUGGAGUGUGAACUAACAACUGUGGUCAGAGACGCGCCCAAGAAAAGUAGAAGUUAUUGCAGUGUAGGUGUGCAAACUGUCUGCAGCAGAGACGAGAAGCAUCAUGAUGUGACCUGCCCUCCCACUAUAGAGGGGAUCUUUGGAAAAGACUGGUGUAUAAAUCUGUGGAAGGACAGAGAUCCAUGCAGUCCCCAGAGAUGCACAGACUCACCUGGGCCUCUUGAUGAUGAGCCUACAGCAGAUCAGUCGGACCAAGUCACACUUGCCGAGAUCAAAAAAGAAGAGAUGAUGCCAAAUGCUGCCACUAACUCAGAUGAGGAAGCAAUUUCCAAUAAAGAACAGGAAGAAAGCAUCGCUGAGGAAUCGGAUCAGAAGUCAGUGGAUUACUCUGUCAAUGGCAGUACUUGCAGCUUGCCACUUGAUCAGGAUGGACAGCAGGAUUCGUUAUUAGAAAGUACAGAGGAAACACUUGUGCAGUUUAUCAGUAUCAACGAUACAACAGAAGAGGACUUUAGCGCCCAUAUCGUACCAAUUGAAGUGGAGGACGACGACGAUGAUGAGGAGGAGGAGGAGGAUGAUGAUGAUGUUCAGUUUGUCCAAGCAAGUCACAAUGAAGCAGAAUCGAGCCCUGCAGUCGGACCCAGUCGCGACGAACAGCAGACAUUACCGACAAACAGCACUGACAGCCGUUUCACUGUUAAAGACUUCCCUAAUAACUUGAAUGUGGUCAGUGUGAAAACGACCAGAGCUCCAAAAAGCAACACGUUCACAUGUCAUGUAUGUAGCAGGAAGUUCUUUCACAAGGGCACACUGACACACCACAUGAAGUCACAUAAGACAAACUUCUGCAGCAUCUGCAAGCAGCAUUUCCCUCAAAAGAAGCUGAACUCCCACAGAUGUGUGCCGCCUGUUUUACAUCAGAGAAUCAGCAAGUCGUGCGAGUUGUGCGGCAAGAUCUUUGCCAACCCAUCAGCUCUGAGGAUUCACUAUGUUGUCCAUACAGGUGAGAAACCCUACCGGUGCAGCCUGUGCGGCAAAAGGUUUACUCAGAAAGGCAAUUUAAAAUGUCAUCUACGCAUCCAUACUGGCGAGAGACCUUUCCUGUGUGUUAAGUGUGGAAAGACCUUCACGCAGAAGGUGAACCUCAAUCAUCAUCUAAUGGCACACAUAAAUCGUGAGGUUGUUGGAGGAGGGUCAGUGAGUCAGAAACAGCCUAAACCUAGCAACAUGUAGCUGCAGAAACUAGGGGUGCACGGAUAAGUUGAUCGGACGAUACAUUUGCUCCGAUUUCCUCAAUUUUGGGAGAUUGGUGAUCAGCCGAUACUUACAUGUGAAGCCGAUCUCAUCUACUCAUCUUAUCUACCUCGGCAAGGGUCCAAAAAUCAACCACUGUCCUCUUUUGCUCUUCGUUGAGACGUUUAACUGAUAGGCCGGUCCAUCAGGUCAUGUCUGAACAUUUAUAGUUGUCACUCCACUGUUGCCAAAUGUCAGGCUUUUUAAAGACCAGUAAUUGACGAUCAGCCAGAAAAUUGCAAUCUGUGCACCCUUAACAGAAACUUGUCACUAACUGGUUAUGUCUUAUUAGCUACAUUAGUGAAAUACAUCAUGUGACUUUUUACACUAGUUUAAAUGUUAAUGUCUGUUAAUGUCUUGAUGGUAAUGUUUUGUCUUUAGUAUUGUGGUAGGAGUGUUGAAAACAAAUGUUUUUGUAAUUUAUUUGACAUUUUUCAUGUUAUAUUUUUUUCCUUUAUUAAAACGAAGUCAUAUGUACAAAUGUGUUCAUUUGUUUUAUUUAAUAAAACUCAAUUUCAGUUAUAUGCUAGUAAAAUUAAUGCUGCUAGAGCCAUCUCUGGAACAGAAUCAGCUCAGGCAAGCUUUACAUUCAAAGAAAGCAAUUUCUAUUAGGCAUAGGAA